UGGCUCUCCGGCGAGAUGUGGAAAGCUCUGCACGCAAUCAUCUGGCUCGCGGCGAUAGCGGGUCCGCUGGCUGAGGUGGAAGCGAGGGUCUCGCGCCGGCAAGUCCGCCAUCGGAGUCCGCCCCAUUUAGGGUUGGAUAAAUAUAUGAGCUACGAGGACAUUAUGCAGUACCUGGAACAACUAUCACGGGUCUAUAGCGAUCGCCUGGAGCUGCAUGACGUAGGGCGAACCUUUGAGAAACGUGAACUGAGAAUCGCCAAGAUAAGCAACGGUAUCGAACCGUCGAGGAAGAAGGUGAUCUUCAUGGACGCCGCUCUCCAUGCCCGGGAAUGGACAACGCCGAUCACCGCCCUCUACGUCAUCCAUCAGCUUGUGGUGGAGUCCAGAGAAAAUGCCUAUUUGCUGGCCAACACAGACUGGAUCAUCCUGCCGCUGGCCAAUCCGGAUGGCUAUGAGUACUCCCGGAACACGAACUAUUGGUGGCGCAACACGAGGACGCCCAAUACGAAUAACUGCUAUGGCACAAAUCUAAACAGGAACUUCGGCCUAGGGUGGGGAGAGGGUCUUCCGAUUUUCAGGGAUCCCUGCAACGAGAACUAUGCGGGCACGGGACCAUUCUCCGAAGUGGAGGCUCGUGUUGUGCGCGACAUUAUGCAUAAACUGGUGGACGAAAAGGUCGGAUUCAUGUACCUCUCCCUGCACACGGCCAACCGAUCGAUCUUCUAUCCCUGGGUCAAUGAGCCCUCUCCGAUUCACAACAACCACGAGCAUGAGGAGAUUGCCCAGUACGCCGCCCAGAAAAUACUCUGGAGCACUGGGACGAUCAUCAAGCCCAGUCAGGGAUACAAGUACGGUGGAAGAAUUGGCGGCACUAGCGUAGACUACGCCUUCUAUAUGGGCUUUCCGCUGUCCUUUGUCUUCGAGAUGUCAGGAAUGGGCAAAAACGGAGUCGAGUAUAGGUUCUACCCACCGGAACAGUACAUCCGCCCCCUCGUUCAAGAAUCCUGGAUAGGCAUCGAAGCGAUGGUCAAAAAGGCCAUUGAAAAAUAUCCGUCUUCCAGGCCAUUACACAUUCCCGUAAACCACAAAGAUGCCGUAAAUGCGGCUCCAUCAAAUCGGGGCUUCUUCGGCAAUAUAUAUGAAAAAUUCACGAGCAUUUUUGAUUGAUUGAUUGACUUUGAAAGACUUGGAUACUACUCUAAACAUAAUGUAAAUAUAAUAAAAAAAAAAAACAAAUCAAGAAAGCAUUCUGGAUUGAAUCUGUUUCUAAACCAACCUUCAAGCCUCGUCUAACCAUAUUUGAAGAGUGUGAAAAUAAGCGAGAUUGAGAUAAUAUAUAUAGAGAUUUAUACUGCAUUUUUAAAUUUAUAUAAUCAACAUGUUUUACACGACUACUGUACAUCAUUGUUAUAUAUCUGAAAUAUUCUUGAACCUGGCUUAUGUUUUAUAGAACAUUAAAAGUACAAAUUCUA